GCAAGCGAUUACGAACCUGUCAAUACGAACCAGCCUCUGACUUGAGCGAGUCAGCCGUUUGGUGUCUUUUCAAUUACUCUAAUUUACGUCGACAAUGACGUAUGUGGUCGUAUACCCAGCAAGUUAAGCAGAGGCAUGCAUCCAUAAGAGCAAGCAUCCUCGCUAUCGCACGGAGCAGCCGCGAGAACAGAUCCGUGGCGAGGGGGAGAGGAUGCGGAUAGCUGUGACGAACAUUCAGUCACUGAUGCAGCCGCGGUUCUGAUGUGAGGGAGUCAUCCAAGCGCCGCUCUGGUCCUGGAACAGAGGGCUACCGAGAGUGUCGCUGGACAUUUCAAUGGGUUGUGGAGGCAGCAGGGCUGAUACAAUCGAACCCCGUUACUAUGAGAGUUGGACAAGGGAGACCGAGUCGACAUGGCUCACGAACACCGACACGGAGAUUGGCCAAGCUAUGGCCAGUAACAACAACAAUCAGCGUGGGAUAUCUGACACCGGCAGUGCAUCAAUUAAACCAUGCACGACAACUUGCUCAGGUAAAGGAGAGGAUGGACGUCCGUCUGGGCUCGUGCCCUCCUCUGGGGCCCCUGGCAGAGAAAAGAAGAUGGUGAACACAGCCACCCAGUGUGGGAAGCCUCCGCUUCUUGCCAGCGGUAGCAGUGGAAGCAAAGGCAGGCUUCUGCACAGGGAAGAGAGUAAACCGAAAGGCAGGAAAUUGUCGUCCAAGGAGGCUGCCAUAUCAAAGAGCGUCCGACAGAGCUCCUGCCCUGAGGACAGCGCGUCUGAUGUCAAGUAAGAGGCCGGACGCUGGAGAAUGGCGGCUCCGCUGACCACCGAAACAGACGAAGGACAGAGUCACCGCUCCUUGCAUUUACCCUGCUGACGUGCACUUGUGCCACCCAACACAUCAUGUACAGUACAUCAGAUGGUUGCUGCGCGUGUAGGGAGGGUUCCAUUCUGGCAUGGACCAGGUGAAUCUGUCUGUUCAGCUGCCUGAACUGUAAAUGCCUGAACUGCUGCUCAGGUCAGUUGUCACAUUUUCCACUGUCAGAAUCUCCUUCUGUAGGAUCCAGGGACGAUUUGAGACACCCAAUUCUGAUCAGCUGUUUAUGUGCGGGUGGCUAUUUUGCAUGAUAUGGCAGAAUGCGUGUGCACAUUGGGUUAAACGAUAGGAAGGACAUGCCUACUGUAAAAUGCUGCAGAGAAAGACAUUGAAAGACGCUCAAGCUCAGAGCCUUUUACUUCAGCGACACACACAUGCAGUGACGCAAUGUUUCUCAAACCAUUUCACUCUCAGCCUUACCCACUACUUGAAUUUGACUGAAUUAUACAGAUGCCACAUAUAUCCAGUCCUGGUUGCUCUGAGAAAAUGCACUGGCUACUCACUGUAUAGCAGUCCCAUGACAGUGCCUAUGUAUUGCUUAAUAAUGUGUUGAGGCGCGUGACUGGAGUUCAUCAGACUGAGUAAUGUGUGUGUAUGAUAAGGUGCGUAUAUAGAGAGACUUACAUUAUCUGAUUUUGUUGUGUUUAGCAGUGUGUGUAUGUCAUUGUGAUGCUGUAAUUAUAAAGAUUCAUGUAAACGGUGAUGCUGUAUUAAAAUGCAAA